AGGAUUUUCCUUACAGCAUGACUUUUUGGACGUUUGAAAGAUCCCAUGGUGAAAUUGCAGGCCGGUGCGCUUGCAGGAAAAUGGCGGUGCGAUAACCUGUGUUUUGAAACGUAACGUUGUAUGUUAUCGCUUACACGAAUGGAUAUCUCAAACAUGCUUGAAGUACAAGUGGACGAAGUGAAGGAGGUAGACAUUAAAGAAAACGUAACUCCGAAAGAAUUACUUCCGAGUACGACUAAUGUUCCAGUACCUAUUUCUCAAGAGGAAUAUAAUUAUUACAAGCUUAUGUUUGGCAAUGAUAUCUCAGUAGUACAGUUCCAAAGACUGCAUUGUACCGCAUGCGAUGCACACAUUGGCUCUGCACCAGCAGAUGCUAAUAACAUGUUUGAACAUCCUGUAUUACGUACAUUACUGUGUGCAAAAUGCAAAGAUUUCUAUGGCGAUGGCACUUUUGAACAAGGUGAUGAUGAUACAGAUAUGUUUUGUAGAUGGUGCGCAAAUGGUGGUAACUUAUACUGCUGUUCCUUUUGUAGUAACACUUUCUGUUACAAAUGUAUUAAAAGAAACUUUGACCCCAUAUUGAGAAAAAAAAUUGAAGCAGUUGAGAGAUGGAAAUGCUUUGUCUGUGAUCCCACAGAUCUGUAUAAUGCUAGAGGAACUUGUUGGGCCCUGCUUCAGCAUAUUCAAACAAUAAAUAGGAUAUAUCAAAAUUGUAAGUUGCCUCAAGAGGAAAUAGACGAUAAAAUGAACACUGACGAAUCGAAAUGCUGUCCACGCAGAAGAAAACGGAAGCGUCGACGAAAUGGCUCGAAUUCGGAAGAAGAGGACGAAACUUACAUACCUAAACAAAUAGUACCAAAUGCUGUUCCCAAACGCAGAAAAAGGGGUCGUGGUAGAACAAAAUUUUCCAACGGUAAUAGUAUAUCUAUGUCUGAUAAAUAUAUCAGAAUAUCAGACGAUACUUCCACGGAUAACAAUAGAAUAUUACCAUCUUUACUCUCAUGCGAGCAAACGAUGGUUGAAUGCGAAAAUACCACUAUUGGAGCGGACGGUACUAUUAUCUCGCAAUCUCAAGUAAACCCUGGUCAUCAUAAAAUGAAUCUCCCCAUUGCUCAACAGCCAACAAUGUAUAACACGGCUGUUAUGAAUGUUGUUGCAAAUUCUAAUUUUUUGCAAUCUUCAUUACCUAUUGCACCUCGCCGUCAUGUACCUACUUCGCUAAACCAGACGAACAAAGUGAAUUUAUAUCAGACACUACAUCCUACGCCAACGUCAAUGGUUACUAUACCUAAUCAGAACAUUAACUUAAUACAUCGACCACGGUUCUUCUUGCCUAAGCCACAGGCACCGCGUACAAACACGAACCAGAAUAUCAUUGAGAUCGAAAGUGAUUCAGAAGACGUAGCGGUUGUCGGUCCGUCAGGAGUUCCACAACCUACUAGCAGUUCCAAUAGUAAUGACAAAGCAGUACCUGUUGCUCUUCUAAGCUCAUCUUCUAAGAAUAAUUAUACUAUUAUAGCGACACAAGAUGUACAAAGAAGGCAUAAUGCGAAAACAUUAAACCAAAGGUUACUUCCUCAUGGCAAAGAGAUUAAUAAUAUUCUACGUCAUCUCAAGAUGAAAUUUCAAGAUGUGUUCGAUACGGCUAAACGAGAGGAAUUUAAAAACUAUGAACCGACCGACGCUCGUCUUUUAAUCAAACAGUUCCAUUCUGACAUACGCGAUACUGUGACUCAAUUAGCGUAUAUUAAUGACAGAAUAAUACGUGAAUAUAAUAGGUGGAGAAAAUAUUCAACAAAAAUGGGACUUACUCAGUCUAUAGAUAAGAAUAAUAUUCGCAAGACUCAUCGCGGAAAGCACGAAGAAAUACCUCUUGAUAUGACUUGUGUAAAUGAAUCCGACGAAGAUUCCAAUAUUAACGAUGAAAUAGAGUACGGUAUUAUGGGCCCAUCCGAUCUGGUUGGUAAUACAAAUGCGGUUGAUGGAAUAAAUAUCUUCAAAAAGAGAAGCACUAUAGAACGAGCUGUAGGUAACCAUUCUGUUUUGUUGGUAGAUAAAUCUGUACAAAUAAAUUCUGUAGAAUUGGAAAAUUAUGAUAGGUCUAUAUUGUAUUUUGCGUUAACGAAAAGUAAUAAACAAUCCGGGAAGAAGGAUAAUGUUUCGACAUCGCUUUUUAAAAAGGGUAAUAAGCAAUCUGGCAGUUACGAAGAUCAUUUUAUUCAGUUCUUACAAAAACGGAGUGCGAACUCCCAAAGCAAUCAAGCUGAAAAUUCUGAAGAGUUGCCCGAUCCAAACGAAACAUCAUUAAAGGAUCUAAUAGAGGCUAAUUCGCCAUACGUUUCUGAAAUGCUAGAAACUAUGGAUAAGUCAACUGCUUCGAGUAGCAAUGUUUCAUGUAUUUCUGUUAAGAAGGAAAGCGAUCUGAAGUUCUGUGAAUCGCGACAGGCAAACUCAAUUACUUGUAGAGUUGUUCAUGAUUUUUCCAAAAUGGUUAGUAACAUAAAUGAUGAUUUUAAAAAGACUGCCGCGAAUGAAUUUAUUGAUAAUAAUUCGAGGAAAGAAACUAAAACACAAAAAGGAUAUUUUUCCAUUACAAGUGAAGUUGAUAUAGUAAAUGUAUCAAAAAAUAAAGAACAUUUGAGCAUAACCAGUACUAUAGAAUCUGAAGAUGACUGUACUAUUAUUGAUGAUUAAUUAAAAAAUAGUUAUUUAACAUC